CAUUCCCCUACGCAAUUUCUCCACCGCUAACCCCAUCUUCCCUUCUCUCCUCUCAAUCAGUAAUCUCAGCAAAAUUAUUCUUUUUUCUCCACGCUCUCCUUCCGGAUUGAUCGCGAUAUCCCAAAAAUUUCUUAGUAAAAUUAUUUAAUAUAAUGCAAGCAAUUCCAUACGGAUCGUGGGCGCCAGAUGCCCCGGCGCGUCACGUGUCGACACGGGAGGAGGUUUCGGUAUCUUCUCCCGUGUCGACGGUCGCAGCUACCGUUCAAAAGCUGGUAUCAGAGAAUGCGGUUAUAGUCGUUGGGAGGCGCGGCUGCUGCAUGAGCCACGUGGUGACGCGGUUGUUACUCGGCCACGGCGUGAAUCCCGCGGUUUUCGAAGUGGACGAGGACGACGAGGCCGCUGUUGUCGUUGAGCUACGUAAGAGGAUGACGAUCGUUGGAGAUGAGAGUGUUAUUAACAAUUGGCCGCAGUUUCCGGUGGUUUUUGUCGGCGGGAAGUUGUUUGGUGGGUUGGAGAGGGUCAUAGCGACGCAUAUUUCCGGCGAGCUAGUUCCGGUGUUAAAAGAAGCUGGAGCUCUCUGGCUUUGACUUUCAAUUAGUUACUUUUUACGGAGUGAUUUUAUUUACCCAUUUACCUUUUUGUUCUUCAUGGUCCUUGAAUAUUGUGAUAUAGCCGGGCGGUUCCUUUUCGAGAAUUAAGAGAGUGAUAUAUAGAAAUGGAAUUCCAGGCUAUGAAGCAAAGUUUAUAAAUGGAGAGAAGAACUUGUUGGAAUUAAUUGCAGAUCAUGCAUGUGAUUUUCUUCUUUGUUUGUUUUCUUGAAUAUAGAUUUAUUCCUUCGUUGGGUGGAUAUGAAUUGAUUGGAAAAUAAUUGAGUUGGGAAAAUAGAUGAAGCAUCUGUAAGUAGUGGAUACUAGUGAUGAGUUGUCUUUGGAGCCUUGCUUUUGCUGUUGAUGAUGUAAUUGCUGAUGAAAUAAAGGACUUAACGAAACUGGAAAGUUUAUGGGA